AUGUGUGCACGAUGCCGAAGGAUAGGCACGAGAUGCAUCUACGACGAUAAGACCUGGACGUUUGUGGAUCAGGCAGCACCGUCCGAUCCGACCCCGUCAUCAAGUCGAUCAUCAGAGCUGGAGCUCGCCAUACAAGCUUAUCAGCUGCCUGGAGACGUUUACUAUCCUACCCUACGUCAAGCUUCUGAACGAUUCCAGAUCGAUGCCGACUUCUGGGCAGCAUACUUGCCGAACGAUGAUCAUAGCAGAGAUGCUGGACGAGGGGGAGUAUCCGUGGUACCCUGGGUUCCCACAAUCCGCUACCUCGCCAGCCAAGAUAACAAAGCACGUCUCGCACUGGACAGCUGUGCUCUCAUGGCACUUGGCCGCAUCAGGAACAACCCGCAGUACGUCCAAGAAGGACUGACCCUCUACUCCCAAGCUCUCGCGGCGACAAACCAGGCUCUGCGACAUCCGGUCUGUGUUUUGAACGAUUCCGUUCUGGCAUGCUGUCGAAUACUGGCCCUCUGUGAGUUCUUCCGUCCCCACGUAGGAACUGGCCUUUCGACACAAGGCACGGACUGGCAGCGCCAUAUCGAAGGGACUGUGCAGCUGAUGGAACUCCGAGGGCCGGAGAAGCACGUCGAUGAGCAUGGCUUCGUGCUCUUCGCAGAUGCAAGGGCGAGUGCGGCGAUCGCUGGGAUCACGAGACGUACGAAAGCGCUUUUCUCCGACCCUAGGUGGCAAGAAGUCCCGUGGAGUGGACGAGAGACGAGGCGUAGCCCCUCAGAUGAGCUCGCGGAUAUCAUGGCUGCUGUUUCGGAAGCAUUAGAACAGCAGGAUGCCGCACUGGACCGCCUGACGACAGAUUCCGGCCCAAUUUCAGCGGCUCAAUGCCAUGCUGUGUUGGACCUAUCGGAGAGGAUCAUGGCCAUGUUCCGGGACUGGGAGGUGAGAAUGCUGGGCACGCAGCAGCAGCAGCCGCCAUCUCCGCAGCUUGAUGAGGUCUGUAUGAAUCUAGGCUAUGGCUCUUUCCACCUGGUCAUGCAAUACUGGGCGACCUCACUCAUCAUGUGCUCACGAUAUUGGGUCACGCUGCGCCGCCUACCACCUGCAGUAAUCGCAAGCCGAGAAGCGAUCCACGUUCCUGAUCCCCAAGCCUAUGCCGAUCACAUCGCCAAGAACGCGCAUCAUUGCUUCUUGCCAGAAGCAGGGCUGUAUGGACCACAGAAGGCUUCUUUCCCGCUCGGGGCAGCACUCCAUUACUAUGCUGCUGCCAAUCAACAUGGGUCGGUGGGGAUGCAGGAGAUUCGACGACUUUUUCGAGAAUCGGAGACUGCGAGCUUCACGGCUGGCUUUCUCCGCAGUAUGGCGGCUGAUCCGGCGCCGGUGGGGAUCAAGGCCGAUCCCGAGGAUGAGGCGAAGCAUGCUAUAAUGGCUGCGGAGUGGGUCGGGUUGAAACGAGAGCUGGAGAGCGAUCAGGCGUGA